AUGCCUGGGGAGCAGCCCCGCAGAGCGCCGCCCGCACCCAUGACCCGAGACCUGCAGCCCUGCCCGGGGGCCGGGGGCACGGGGGGCCCCUCCCACCCCCCCAGUGAGGACGGCAUCCCAGCCAGCAGGACCAGCAAGGCCACAGGCAGUGGGGCCCCGGCUGGGGGGCCUCCAGAAACCCAGCAGUGGCAGGCCGGUGGGACAGGAGAGCCCAAGGCCCCACCCCCAAGAACCCCGUCCCGGAGCAGUGUCCCGGGGGAGGGAGGUGGCCCCCGGGCCCCGCCAGGGAGGAGCCGCACACAGGCCAGCAGCACAGACGGCAGCCCCCAGCAGCUCUGCACUGGGACCCUCUCCGGCUCCCCGGCCACACCCGCUCUGGACGAGACUCCUGAGGGCCCACCGUGCAAGGACCCCGAGGCCCCAGAGGCAGAGGCCCCAGAAGAGCUCAGUUUCCAAAGGUGCUUCCAGGAGGCCCCCUCCAGCUUUACCUCCACCAACUAUACCUCACCAAAUGCCGCCUCCGGGCCCCCGCCCCUCAGGGCCCCCCCAAGCAGUGGUGCCAACCCUGGCCUGCCAGCCCCCUAUUCGGAGCCCCCGGGCGGCGGGGCCAACGCCUGGCCUCCCGCUGUUAACAACAGCUUCCCAGGUGCUAGAUUCGGGGUCCCUCCUGCCAAACCAGAGCCUUUUCCUAAAGGGGACGGCCCCGGGGUGGCCCCCUUCCAGCUCCCUUUCCUGGCUCUGCGUGGGUCCGGCCCCAAAGCCUUCCUCGAGGGCACGGCCCAGCCUGAGUUCUCAGAGAGAGCGCUGGUGUUCGCCUUCCAUCAGCCCCAGGGAGCUUGGCCGGAGGAGGCGGGCACGGCCUUCCCCCUGCCCAGCCUUCCCGCUCCCCAGCCCCCACCCUGCUAUCCAGGGCAGCCCGGCUUCGAGCCCCCCGGUGACCUCGGCUGCGCUGCCCCACAACCUGGUGCUGCUCACCUGGCCCCCAGCCCCUUCUUGGAGACCACAGCCCCCUUUCCGGACAGUUUGCACAAGAGCCUGACCAAAGCACUUCCUGAAAGGCCGACUUCGGCCCACGAGGGGCUGGGGAGCCCCAGGGGGCCCCCGAACUCUUUGCCACAGAGGCACUUUCCCGGGCAGGCCUACGGGAGCCCCGGAGCCAGUGGAGUGAGCUCCAGCCCCAGGUCUCUGGACACGGAGCUGGCCGCUCCAGGGCCGCUGCCCACCAGACUGCCCCCGCUGUGGGACCGUGCUGCCGCCCCUUACCCCACGCCUCCCCUGGGCCCCCCGGCCACGGCCAGGAAUGCAUUCUUUGAAGGCCAGCCCGGCCUAGGCCAGAGCCUCGGCCUCCCCCAGAGUCCCCCUCUGACCUGGCCCCAGGUGCUCCCAACUGCCGGGCCCAGCCCCCACCCAGUGGAGGUGCUGAGCCGGCUGCCUUUCCCCCCAGGGGGCCCGGAGUGGCAGGGGGGCAGCCAGGGAGCCCUGGGCGCUGCUGCAGGCAAGACAGCCGGGCAAGGGGAGAAGCUGGCGCUGCUGAGAAGCAGCCCGGGCCAGCAGGGCGUCGGCUCCCCCGGGCUGUUUGCCCACAACGGGCUGAAGGACCCUGCAGCCCGGCCCCUGUUCUUCACGGUGGCCCAGCCCCAGGUCUCCCCCCGGGGGGCCCCCGGCCUGCCCCCUCCCAGGGUGGUGGCCGCCUCUCCCUGCCAGUCCCCGCUGCCCUCGCCUGCCGCCAACACGGCCAGCAGCAGCUCCUGCUCGUCACUCUCCCCCCUGCCCAGCAGCCCGGCCAACCCCAGCUCGGAGGAGGGCCAGCUGCCCGGCCCUCUUGGGCCCUCCAGCUUCUUCCAUCGGCCCCCUCCUGCCCAGGAGACCCGCAGCCCCUACCCAUCCCCCGAGCCCUCACACACCAUCCCCAUUCACUACCAGCCAGAGCCCCUCAGAGCCUUCCCUUCCCCCACAGACGGGCUGGGGGCCGAGGGCACCUUCAAAUGCCUGGAGGAGGCCCCGUUUCCCGGCACAGGCCCCGAGGGGGGCAGCGCAGGGCUGGAGGGCUUCCCCCGGGAGCCACCCCCCUACCCCGCCCACCACUUCCCCCUCAGCAGCGCCAGCCUGGACCAGCUGGACGUGCUGCUCACCUGCCGGCAGUGUGACCAGAACUACGGCAGCCUGGCCGCCUUCCUGGGGCACCGGCAGUUCUGCAGCGCGCUCAGGGCCAGGGCCAAGGACGUCCCCCAGCAGCCCCCGGGGCCGCCCGCCGUCCCCAGAGCUCCAGGCAGCGGGAGCCCCGGCCUGCUCGGCCACACCAAGGCAGCCCCCUUCCUGCCCACCGGGGAUGUCCGGGCUGACGGCAAAGAUGACCCCUUGAGGACCAGUUUCCUGCCGGGCCUGGCCGCCGCCCCCUUCCCGCUGCCCGCGGCAGGCCUGGACCUGGAGGACGACGCCAAGCUGGACAGUCUCAUCACUGAGGCGCUCAACGGCCUGGGGUACCAGUCGGACAACCCCGAGAUCGACAGCAGCUUUAUCGACGUCUUCGCUGACGAGGAGCCUUCUGGACCCAGAGGCCCUGGUGCCGGGCAGCCCUCCAGGACCAGGGUGGGGACAGCGCCAGAGAGUAAGGCCCAGGCCGCGCUCCCAGCCGGGGCCACCCCGCCAGAGCCCCCGGGCGCCCGACCUGGGCGCGGGAGCCCCCCGGCCCGCAGCAGGCCCCAGACCCGUUCCCUGGGCCCAGCGCCCGUGGACGCAGAUGGGGCCGGCCCGGCUGGCCAGCACAGGAGAGGGAAGCGGUUUAAGUUGUUCCAGAAAGAGCUGGGCACACCAAGCACCACCAAGAGCCGCAAGGGCCCCAGAGCCACUCGCCCGAGGCAGAGGAGGAAAGGCCACAGGGCUGAGCCGUCCCUGCCCUGCCUCCGGGACCUCCGGACCCAGGCCCCCAAGAGCCAGGGAGCUCUGGCCAGACAGGCCCUGCCCGUGGAGACCAGGAGCUCCCAGCGCCUGCGGCACUCCCCCGGGAAGGCCUCCGGGCGGAGGCAGCUGCAGGGCGGAACCUGGAGCAAGGAGCUCAUCCACAAGAUUGUCCUGCAGAAGAACAAGCAGCCCGGGGGGCAGGGCCAGGGCGGGCUCUGCCCCCCGGGGUCCCCGGGGCCAGCACCCGGCAGUGCAGAUGUAGGCCCCCAAGAGCUCACAUGCGCCUCAGAGUCUGAGGAGGAGGAAGUUUCGCGGCCCCGGGGCUCCCGCCUCAGAGGCCGGCCCCGCCAUGGCUGCCGGCGGUGGCGCCGGGGCGCCAGGCAGAAGGAAGGGGAUGUGGCCCCGGGUCCCAAGGAGGAUCCAGGGCGGCAGAAACCCAGGAAGGUCGUGAGGCCGGAGGCUGCAAAGGACAGGGGCUCCCCGAGCCCAGGCCCGCAGGAGGGAGGCCCUAAGCACCUGGUGCAGGCCCCCGAGGAGAACCAUCCAGCCCCGGACUGCCCCCAAGACAGCAAGAGCUCUGAACCCGCUGAGAAGCUCCCCCCAGACGCCCUGAACGUUCCCGCCCCAGCGCCCGGCAGAGGGAACGCCCAGGUGUGCCAUGGGAGCCCGCCAGCCGCGGGUGCAGGCAGCCUGCCCGGCGCUGCCCGGUGUGCAGAGCCGCCCGUCUCCCGGGACGGAGAGGGCCCCCCCGCCUACCCACCAGGAGAAUUGCUGGUGCCUGUUGCCGACACCGCCGACCUUGAAUCUGGCGUCCUGUUUUUGAAGACCCCUCAUCUUGGUUGUGACUCUGCUCUUUUUAAUGGAGACUCUGUGGGGGUUCCGUUUGCCAAAAAGAGAUCCCAGCCCUUCAGCGGCACCCCCAGCAAGUUGUUCCUUGGACCCAAAGACCUGCCUGGCUAUUUCCAAGACCUGUACUCCAAGCCCUUAGCGUCGGACGCUCCGCCCACCAGCGGCGUGCCCCUUCCCCAGGAGGCCAUGGGCCCCGGUUCCCUGGAGCCCAAACCACCCAGGGAUCCGUCCUACGCCAUCCGAGUGGGCCCAGGCGGGGCCAAAUCGCCGCCACUGACCUUGGAGCCCACACCCCUCUUCCCAGGGCUGCCUGUGGACAGACUGGAGCCGCCAAUCUACAGCAGCCUGUCCGGAAGCGGCCUCCCCCCUCUGCCAAGGAGACCCCAGUUAGAGCCACCAUACUCCCCGUUUCUGCCCGACAAGGGCUGGACCCUGCUGGAGGAGCCCCCCGUGCUGGCCAGCCACCUUCCUGACCUCCUGGGGGAGAAGGCGUUCCGCGGGAAGGGCCCCGCUGAAGGCACAGAGGCUGCCGGCCCCCCGCCUCUGCCCAGCAAGGUCAGCGAAUGUGGCGGUGCUUUCAUGGGGAACCUGUCUGAAGAUGAACUUGAAAUCAAAAGGCUGGUCGCCGAAUUGGAAAGUCAGCUACAGAGUAAAGGUGCGCCCGAGGCCCCAGAGCUGCCGUGUGUGGCUGGGCACACGGGCACAGGGGCCCCCCUGCCCUCCCCCCAGGCCGUCUUGCCCCCCGGGGACACCUUCCCCAAGUCUGAGGCCGACCUCACCAGUCUUGGGGAAUUGAGUCUGCGCCCAGAAGGGGCAGGCGCUGCAGUGGCCGCCACAGAAGGGACGCUGAGGAGCACUCGGGGGGAGGGGCCCUCAUCCCACCCGGGAGAAGCAGCCCCUUUCCCCCGGGCGCCUGCAGAUGCGCUGUCCGGGGCCCCCAGAAGCUUCCGAGCGGGGCAGAGCCCCAGUGUCUCUGAGCCAGGCCCCCCCACAGCAGAAGGGGACGGCGGGGUCCACCCGGAAGCCUCUCUGUCUGGCUCUAGAGAACCAUUCAAACCUCCAUCAGACGUGAGGAGCUUAGCAGAGGGCAGCCCGCACCGUGAACCUCUUCUCUCCAAAAAUAGCCGGGCCACCGGGGCGCACCAGAGCGACACCCAGCUGUUCCUGCCCUGCACACAGGCACCCGGGCCCCACCUAGAGCCCCCCAGGCUGGAAGCAUCUCGGGGCGCCACCGCAGCCCGCGGUGACAGUCACAGCGAUGCCCCCAAGGGAUCCUCUGGCAGCAGAGCAGGCCUUCCCCACCCUGGGGCGGGGAGCCCCGGCCUCCAGGCUAACGAGGAGCUUGUGCCCGCGGAGGCCCUCCCCGGUCCUGCCUGUGUGCCCGACACCAGUCCCGGCAGGAGGCCCCAGGUCCCAGCCACAAGCCCCCUGCAUCAACUCCAGCUCCUGGUGGCCAGAGCUGCUGGGAAGGACGCCCUGGGCUCACAGGGGCCCCCCUCCGCUGAUGCCCGGAGCCCUCAGCGCACUGAGCCCUCAGAUCUGGAAGGGGACAGUGUGCAGGGGGGGGACACGGCCUGCAGCCCCACCCAGGACGUCCCAGGGGGGGUACGGAUGACAGCCGUCCCUGCAGUGGCCGGAUGUCAGCUUGGGCCCGAGGCUGAUGGACAUCUGGGCUCAUGCAGCCGGGCUGAGAAACCGCAGGGCCAAGGCAGAGCGAGUGGACCGCAGCCGGAGAAGCCGGGGAGCCUGGGGGGGGCGGACAGCCUGCUCCCAGUCCAUGCUGAUCCUGCAGCCGCCCCGGCCGUACCGGCUGGGGGCGCAGACCACCCAGGGGCACAGCUCCAGGGAAAUGGGGGUGUCUUGGGCCUUCAGAAAGAAACAAGGGCCACCCCAGGGCCCACCUUCUGUGAUGCAGAGCCUUUGGUAGCAGCCCAUGCCCACAAUGGGCCAGGGACCCCGACCUCAGAGGAGGCAGCCAGCCUAGCACCCCUGGUCAGGGGCCGGGCCAGCGGUGCACCCUUAUCCCCUCCUGCAGCCACCACCAUGCCGCCUGGGCCGGGGCAGCUGCCCCAGGAAGACCCCUCUUCAGGUGAGCGGACCGGGCUGCUCCCGGCACGUCCAUGCCGCAAGGACCCUCCCAGUCCACGGCUCCCACCUGCCCAUUCUCCUGCCGGGGCACCUCCCCACAAGGCAGCCUGCACCCCGGCCACCACAGAUGCGCCCGCAGCGCCCCCGUCUCUGAGGACAAGCCCCUGUGGCUUCAAGGAAAGCCUGGCCCCCCAGUCUCUCCCGGGGGACCAGAGCCCCCCAGAAGACCCUCCCUUGGGCCAGCCCAGCUUCAUCGGUGUCUUCACUCCUGCCCAGGGGGAGGACCACCCCGAAGGCAGCACCUCAGGACCUCUAGAGGAUUCCAGAAAAGAGAAGCCAAGGAGAUCUCCUGCCUCGGCCACCCCUCCUCCCCCAGUGAGGGCCACCUCUCCUCCUGGCAUCCCUGCCCCUGAUAGCAUGGGGCCAGCCGGCAGGCUAGACCAGCCCUGCAGGCGAGCCGCACCCCACACCAGCCGCAGCGGGAUGCCCACGGGAUCCCCCUCCUCGGACCCCCCAGGCCAGGGUGUCCCUGCUCUGCCUGCUGACCCUUCCACGUGGGGGACCCCUGAGCCAGAUUCCUACGGCUGCCAGGAAGGGCAGGGGGGGGCCAGCCCCUCUGCGGGGACGAAGGCAUCUCAGGAGGGCAGUGGAAUUCCCCCAGCUCCCUGCCCCCCAACAGAGCUCCGCCAGGGCAGGGUCCCAUCUCCCAGCCGCACAGCCAGUGACCCCAGACCCGGCUCUCCCCAGAGCCUCGGAAAUGUCCACCACACACCCCGGAGGGACCCCCUCCACUCCCAGGGCACCAGACAAGAGCCUCGUGGCUUUAAAAAGAAGCCUGUGUCCACAGAAAAUGGCCACUGGAAGGACCGAGCCCCCGGCAGGCGGCCCGUGACCUGUGAGGUGUGCGCAGCCUCCUUCCGCUCCGGGCCGGGCCUGAGCCGCCACAGAGCCAGGAAGCACGGGCCGCACAGGGGUGCUGCCUCCCCGCCGAGCCCCCCGGCCCCGCCCGCUCCCCAGAACCCGGCGAGCCAGCCCCCCGGGAAGAAAAGCCGCAGGGCACCUGGGAAGGAGAGAAUGAGGCAGGCACUGAGUGGCCCCAGCCACAUCCUCAGGCCACCUCCUGACCCGGGCGCAGAGGCUCCUGCGGAGAGGUUGGGUCCCCAGGUGUCCGAGGGAUCUGGUGGGGAGGGGUUCAGCCUUCUGGGAACACCAGGCUGUACCCCUAGCCUGGAGCCGCACCCCCCAGGCCUGGCCGAGCCGGGAGCGGACGGAAGGCCUGCAGUGCCCAGGAGACAGGACCGGCUGGUAAAGGAGGAGCCUUGUCCCAAACAGACAGAGAGAGGAGGAGGCCAGAGGCGGGGCAGAGCGCUCACGGACGUCCCCAGCAGGCCAGCGGAGAAAUCACAAGAAAAGGCGAGAAAGCCCAGAGCAAGAAGGUCCCGGGAGGGGAGUGGCCCUCCCAUCUCUCCCGGUGUCAUCACAGACCGAUUCCGCUGGGACCCAUCCACUGUCACUUCCAGUUCCCUGAGGCCUCCAGGCAGCCAAGCACCUGACACGGAUGCCUCCUGGCCCCCGGUGGUGGAGGGCGUGGAGGGCACAGACCCAGAGGAGACGCCAGCACGGAAGUCACCCCGGGAUCGCAUGGCCCCUCCGGGGGGGCUGGAGGCGGGGCCUCCUGGGAACAGGCCGGGGGGACGGAAGGAGGUCUUGGCGAGGGGGUGCUGGGGACCCAAGGAGACCAGGCCGUCAGGCAUCUACAAAGAGCCGUCGGGGGCAGCCAGGUCUGAGCCUGCAGGGAACAGCAGAGCAGCCAAGGGUGGGUCAAGGCCAGGCAGUAGGGAGGUGCGUGAGCCCCCCUCGUGCCCCCCCGCCCCUCCUGAGACCUGCACCCCUGUGGAUGGCUCCAGCAGCAGCUGGCCCCAGGGCCCCCUGCUCCACCAGAAAGCACAGGCCAGGCUCCGGGAGGAGGAGGGCGCUGCUCCCGAAGCCCCCAGCCCGGGCCUCGGGGACCCGCCGAGUGUGUUUGAUGACGAGGCCUCCUUUUCUGAGCUCUUCCCUUCGGGUGGCCGUCUGACCCGGAAGAAGAACCCUCGGGUCUACGGGAAGCGCUGUAAGCAGCCCCCGGCCCCACCCACGCUAGAGCCCCAAGGUGAGGCGGGGGGUGUCAGCUUGCUGGCCUCCGCCCACCUGCCCACAGACCUCAGCGACUCGGGCUCACUCUGCCUUUCACACGAGCACCCAUGGGGUGACGAGGCCACGGGUCUGCCGGACUCCUUCCUCCUGGAGGGCCUCCUGAGCAAGGUGCCUGGCAUUGACCCCUGGGCCCUCAGCCCCAGCCUGUGGGCCCCGGAGCCUGUCCCAGAGGUGGCCUGUUCGGAGGACGGGCCCCACGGCUGCAGCGAGGACCACCCAUCAGAGAACAUCCCCGAACUGCACAUGGUCCCAGCGGCUUGGCGAGACCUGGAGCUUCAGACCGCCAGCGAAGAGAUGGCCCCCUCUCUGGGAGACGUGAGCCCGGAGCCCCCUGACCUGGAGCGAGAACACUAUGACAGCGGGCUUGCCGGGAACGCCGUGGAUCUUGAGAUGCUCAGUGCCAAACUGGAGGUACAAGAUCUGUGCUUCCUGGGACCCUGCGAAGACCCCGUGGGCAUCCCCAGCCCCAGCUUCUUAGGCUUCGGGGCCACAGUGAGCUCCCAGGAGCCACAGAACCAAAGGGCACAGGAUGCAGCGGGAGCAGGAGGGGCUGCGGGCAGGGAGCGGCACCCCAAGGCCAGGAGGGCAGCGUUCAAGUGCAAGGUGUGCUUCCAGCGCUUCCGCGGCCUGGGCGAACUGGACCUGCACAAGCUGGCCCACAGCCCCUCGCCACCGCCCACCUGCUACAUGUGCGUGGAGCGCAGGUUCCGCUCGCGGGACCUGCUGCGCCAGCACCUGCAGGAGAAGCACGCGCAGAGCAAGGCGGGGCGCUGGGCCUGCGGCAUGUGCCUGAGGGAGGUGGCCGACGUCUGGAUGUACAACGAGCACCUGCGGGAGCACGCCCUGCGCUUCGCCCGCAAGGGGCAGGCGCGGAGGACUCUGGGGGACUGGGAGGGGGACGGCACUGGCACUCACUUCCUGGGCAGCGUCGUGGGACAGGCGUCCAGGCCCAGUGGGGGCAAGCGCUCCAUUGGCAAGGCAAACGGGGGCCCCGCAGAGGCGUCGGGGCAGCAGACCGAAGCCGGGAAAGAGUCCGGGAGGGAGAGGGUGAAACCCAAGGCCCCCGCCAACCUUCCAAACCAAGAUGGCGCCGCAGCCCCAGCUGGGACUUUGGCGGACCGCAGCCCUCUGAGCGGCUCCGCCAAGACGUCCCCCAGCCUGUCCGCUGCCCCCUGCCCCCACGGCGAGCCCCUCCUCCGAGCCGUGUCCGCGCACGUGCACGAGGGCUGCAAAGACCCCUCCCGAGACUGCCACCACUGCGGGAAGCGCUUCCCCAAGCCGUUCAAGCUGCAGCGCCACCUGGCGGUGCACAGCCCUCAGCGCGUCUACCUGUGCCCCCAGUGCCCGCGGGUCUACGCCGAGCCCCAGGAGCUGCGUGCGCACCUGGCCGGGGAGCACGGGGCGAGGGAGGAGCGGGAGCUGCAGCACACCCCGCUCUACGCCUGCGAGCUCUGCGCCAACGUCACGCACAUCAGCAAGAGGUCCUUCGUCUGCAGCUCCUGCAACUACACCUUUGCCAAGAAGGAGCAGUUCGACCGGCACAUGGACAAACACCUGCGGAAGGGGCAGCAGCCGUUCACGUUCCGCGGCGUUCGGAGACCCGGUGCCCCCACGCAGAGGGCCCCGGCCCGCGAGGGCACCCUGCCCAGCAAACGGCGCAAGGUGGCCCCGCCCAGCAGCCCUCCGGGGCCCGGCGCCGACAGGCCUCUGUCCUGUCCUGUCCCAAGCGAGGGGUCGCUCCCAGCCCUGCUGCAGCCCUGCCCAGAGGCGGCUCCUGGAACCACCAAGGGGCAGCCCAGGACCCCAGAGAGGCCUGUAGACCUUGUGGGCCACCCGGUCACAGGGGGCGAUCUGCCCUCUGACCUCCAGGAGCUCCUGCCCCCGGCUCUGUCUCCUUUUCCGGCGGCCUCUGCCGAUGGCAAAGAUGGCCACAAGCCGGAUGGAGCCCUAGAGAGCUCCGAGGAUGAGGCUUCUCCGGGCGGCCCUGGGCCUCUUCUCCCGCAGGCUCUCCCUCUGGGGGGCUCUUUGCCCCGGCCAGGGGCCAGAGGCCCAGAUGGAGAGGUAAAGAGGGCUGCUGGCCCAUUCUCAGGGAGAGGCAGGACCUCAAGUGCCUCUGGCAAAUGUGCCCCUGAGCAUGGCCUGGAAGCCCCGUCCCUGUCCCCGAAGAAGAAGGUGUCCCCAUGCCCCAUGCUGCCUGAUGCGAGUACAGGGGACCCCUCCCACAAAGGUAGUGCCACCAAGGCUUUGGGCUGCCAGAGUUUGUCAAAGGACAGGUCAGUUUUGUCCACUGCCGGCAAAGCUCCCAAGGUCCCCAUGCAGCCGAAGGAGCCUGGGGCUCGUCCCACGGCUCGAGAGCCAGCCCAGAGCACUGAGGACAGGCCGAAGCCCACCAUCCCCAAAGCCAAGCCGAGCCCCAGCUCCCAGGGUAGGGGGGGCCCACGGCACAGCACCAAGACAGCGGGGGGCAGCCAGCCCCAGCCGGCCAGCGGGCAGCUCCAGAGUGAGACAGCCACCACCCCAGCCAAGCCCAGCUGCCCAGGCCAGGGCCCCGCCCCAGACAAGCAUCCUCCUCGGGCCCCAGCCAAGGGCUCUCCCAAGGGGCCAAAGGAAGCUGCUGACCAGGGGCCCCAGGGGAGCCUGGGCCCCAGGGAAGAUGGGGAGAUCAGUGAGAAGAAGAGGAAGGGCCGGGCCCCAGGGCCAGCCAAGAGUGAAAGUGUGAGGAGCUUGGGGAGAGCCCACCUGGUCCCCGACAAGCCCGCACGGGCCCCCCGGAAGCAGGCGACGCCCAGCCGCGUGCUCCCCGCCAAAGCCAGGCCCAGUAGCCGGAAGGGCACGAUGCCACCCCAGCUCUAUGAGCAACAGCGGCAGGUGGGGCCGGGCCACACCUUUGGGGACUGCAGGCGCCCCAGGGAGGGGCAGGGCAAGGCCUGCCCCCAGGGGAGACCCCUGCACAGGACCCCCAAGAGGGACAGAGCUGUCCACGGUGCUGAAUCUGCCAAGCCCCGUACCUGCCGGACCGCCGAGUCUCAGAAUGACCUCCUCAGCCAGCUCUUUGGGCAGAGACUCACCAGCUUCAAGAUCCCUCUAAAGAAAGACCCUUCAGAGUAAUCUAUAGACAUGAGUGAGUACCUGGCAGCUGGUCUUGGAUCAACCCAGCAAGUGGGGGCUCCCGGCUGUGCUGACAAACCUCAGUUCUCUAAGGGUGUUGGGCCGGUGGCCACGUGUAAAUCCACUUGCCUCAUGCAAAUGCUCAGAGUUUGGUAUGAGGGCUGAGACUGUGGCGCUCUGAGCAGGGCCUGGGGUGGACAGCAAUCCCUUUCUAGGUAGAAGGCGAGCAUGAGGGCUGGGCCAGCUGCAGCCCCUUUGAGACCAUACAGCUCUUUUCUCGGUACCUAGCACUGGAGGCGGAGGCAGCCCCCUGCCCUGUGUGCCCCCUUGCCAAGGCACAGUACACCCCAGACGCUUCGUCUGAAGGUUUGCACAGGGUCCUCCCUCCUGUGAGCUAGCAGGGGAGUGAGCUGAGGCGGCCUCUGGUCAGAUGGCUCCCUUCGUCUUGUUGCUGCUGUUGGUGGAAUUGCUUAGAAGCCACGUUCCAGGGCUGCGCUCUCCCUCUGGGAGAGCUGUGAGCCAGUAGGCCACCGGCCAGGCUGCUGCGGCCACAGAGUGGUGCUGGCCACUGUCUCCAGUGCACUUGACCCCUGGGGACUGGGUUCCCAGCUGGAAGGCGGAGAAAGCCACUCAUCGGCCAGCCCCGCCGGCUCUUCCUCCCCAGGCACCCUGCCUCUGCGGCUGCCCUUUCCUAGAGCCUUUCUCCCACAAGGAGCUCUCCGCUUUGAGGACCAGCAAUUUUACUCUGAAUUUCCGGUGCUAUUUCAUGUUGUAAUGUGAAUUCAGGCUUCCUCGGUGUGUUUCACCUGGGGGUGGGGAGAGACGGGCGCUGCACCAGGCCCACCAGCACCAGUGGCCCUGACAAGUCUUUCACUGGCUCACGGCCUCUGGCAGGCCCCAUAGUCACGGUCACGGUCGGGGGAGCAGCGGGUGGGACGCUUAGGGCCGGGGCGUCUCGUGCACUGACAGGACCCAGGGGUUGGCACGCACCUCCUGCUUAUGGAAUCGUGUCUCCAAAGGAGGCAGGAGAGCCUUUCUUCUGUCCUUAGGCAUCUCUGAGGUCCAUGGUUUGUGUGGCUGUUUUUCCUUUUUUACCUUGGGUGCAAUGUGUGUCAAAAGUGUUUAUUUUGGUAUUUUGAAAGAGACCAAAUUGGGCCCAGAUUGCCUUUCUAGAAGGUGCUGUGUGCCACUCACAAUGCCUUUAGAGCUGACAAAUAAAACAUGGCAACCGA